CCCUCUCUCUUCCACUCUUUCUCUCUCACUCCCUUUUUCUUUUUAACCACCCUCUAUCCAUCGCUUUGAGGACAAGAGUGCCCUCAGACACAUUUCUCUCUGGAGCACUCACUCUCCCUCUCUUUUACUCCCACAGUAGUGUCAACGAAACCAGAGAACAAGGGAUAGGGAUGAACAAGGGAAUAAAAGAGUCCAAACAGGAGUAAUGACUGUUUUUUCUUCUCAGAUCACAUCUUUCACCACAUCCUUGGCUUUUCAGGUCAUUAAUCUACGUGGGGAGGAGUGGGGCAAAGGGUCAAAGGGGACGUGAGAGAGGCCUGGAAGUCACGGUUCCUUUUUCUAGCUAAGAGGGAGAACAUAUAAUGUAUGAGAAGUUAACCAUGCUGAACCUGCAAAGUGGCUCAAACUGGACCGGGCCUAACAACUGGUACCAUGAUCCAACUGCAGUACAAGCACAACAUAGCACAGUGCCUGAGGGAUGUCUGUUGGACACCAACAGAGGCCUGGGAGGAGAUGGUGGUGAUGGUGGAGGAGGAAGAAGAGGGGGAGGAGUAGGAGCAGGGCCGGGGGAGAGGGAUGAGGGCGAGGAGUCUCAACUGAGGCUGCAGCUGAAGAGGAAGCUACAGAGGAACAGGACUAGCUUCACACAGGAUCAGAUUGAGGCGCUGGAAAAAGAAUUCGAAAGAACACAUUACCCAGACGUAUUUGCAAGAGAGAGAUUAGCCAACAAGAUUGACCUUCCAGAGGCACGGAUACAGGUGUGGUUCUCUAACCGAAGAGCUAAGUGGAGGAGAGAGGAAAAGCUUCGCAACCAGAGAAGGUCAGGGGGUGGGACCUCAUGUUCGCAGGCUCACGCACCCCUAAGCACUUCCUUCAAUACCUCCGUCUAUCACCAUCAACAUGGCAGCAGUUCAGGGUCCAUGAUGAGUCAGAAUGAGUCUACCCUUCCCAGCUACAGCUCUCUUACCGUCUUCUCAACUGGAAUCCAGUCAGUAUCGUCCCAGUCUUCCAACUCUUACUCUUGCAUGUUACCCCGAUCCCCCUCGACCCCUAGGACCUUUGAUUCUUCAUCGUACCCCUCUCCCCAUCUGCCUCCACCGCCCUCUGCCAACCCAAACACUGGGCUAAUUUCUCCCGGGGUUUCGGUACCAGUGCAGGUUCCUGGGAACGAGCACAGCAUGGGCCAGAACCUCAGUCAGUACUGGGCCAGACUACAGUAAAAGAAGAGAAAAUGAGAGAGAAUCUACUGAGGUGACCAGCACAAAUAAAAUAGCCAAAACUGUGACCACAAGAAGACACAAAGGCUUCUUUGAAUUGGUUCAGCCAAAGAAAUAUCCAAAUAUGCAUUAAAUGUUUACAAAUGUGUGUCCAAAUAUGGUUCCUUUACAAUGAACCAGAAAAAAACGUUGAUAUGGUAUCUAGUUGAACCCUAAGCAUCAGCACUGAGAGGCUAUAUAAACUAUCUAGAAAAAGUUUGGAUAUACCUAUAGUCAUUCAAGGGUAUUUCUUUCUUUUGACUAUUUUGCUCAUUGUAGAAAAUAGUGAAGACAUAAAAACAUUGAUAUAAUACAUUUGGAAUCAUGCAGUUACCAAAAACUUUAUACUUUUGAUUUAGAUUCUUCAAAGUAGCCACCCUUUGCCUUUGUCACAGCUUUGCACACUCUUGGAGUGCUUUUUCAUCAGACUUGAAGUAACUCCCAUAUACAGUAGACUUUUUGUUACAACCAAUUUAUGUUUAUAUCAAUGAUACAGUCCCACACGGAAAAUUCAUGCAAAACAUAUAUGCACAAAUACAGUUGUGCUCAAAAGUUAGCAUGCCCUUGGUAAUACAUGUAACAUUCAUAAAGAAAACAUCUGUGAGCAGGCAAAACAUGUAUUUUAUUUCUUAUCACAUUCACAUUCAUUGAUGUUAAAGGGGGCAAUACAAAGUAUGCUCAGUAAUUUUUGGCUGCUUUUUCUUCACUCUGCAGUCCAACUUAUCAAAACCAUCUCAAUUGGGGUGGCCAGGUCAUCUGAUGCAGCACCAUCCCACUUUUGUGGUAAAAUAGCUCAUACAGAGCAUAGAGGUAUGUUAUGGGCCAUUGUCCAAAUGAUAGUCCCAUCAAGCACAAACCAGAUGAGCGUAUUACUACAGAAUGCUGUAGUAGCCAUGCUGGUUGUAUGUGCAUUGCAUUGUAAAUAAACAGACAGUGUCAUUAGGAAAGCCCCCCACACCAUCACACCUCCUCCUCCAUGCUUCACUGUGGGAACCACACCUGUGGAGAUCACCCAUUCUGCAUCUCACAAAGACACACCAGUUUAUUAAAACUUUAUUUCAACAAGGAACACAGACUGUGACCAAGGUCUCUUUUACAGCUGGGCCCUUCAUAUACAUGUUAAAACAUACAGUUUAGGUUGAUUAAAAGAAACAAACAGAAAAAGAAAAAACACAAGACAAUGUACAUUGCUUUAAACAUUGGUGUUAUUCCCUCUGUGGCCUCAUAUAGUAGUAGGUAUUGGGCCUGGCAAGGUCUGCGUUGUCCCUUCGGUGUAGUAAACAAACACAGUUUACUUGUUUUUCAAUGCAUACAUGUAUAAAUCAAAUACAUAUUUCACCCCUGAAAGUACAAAUCAUCAUCAUCUUCCGCUUAUCCUGGGCCUGGUCGCGGGGGCAGCAGUCUAAGCAGAAAAGUACAAAUCAUGUAUUACUUUCGAGUCAUGUACAAUCAGAGCAUGCCUGACGUGCCACUCUGGAGGAUUUAGGUACAUAAGAUACCCUAACCCAGCAACGUACCCACCAUGCAAGGCCCUUCCACACAUGAAACAUGUUCUAUACUUCUGUCAGUGCACAGAGAGCACAAAAACCAAAAAUCAGUCAGCAUGAUCACAGACAGGCGACACAAAAAUGAACAUCAGUUUUGGUUAAGAAAAAAAAAAUGUUCUGUUUCAAUAGAGGAAGCUGAGUUUGAUCUUAAACCUUUUACAGAAUUCAUCAAAAUGCAUUUAUCAUCCUGCCAAAUCCCUAAGUAUUUGUCAGUAUUAAUAUGCAGAGCCUUAUUAAUUUGAGAGCCAUCUAAGCAUCCCAUGGUGAGAGGCGGCGGGCUGGUGUGGGUUUGCUUAUAGCUC